CUCUGUCUUAGUUGGCUGCUUGGUCGCCAGCCCAGAGGGGGCAGCUGGACACCCAGACCGACCAACCGGAGGAGCCAGGUGCUGCACAGGUGUGGGGCUGGGUGCACUGGGGCAGGUCCCAGCCUGGCCAGGGCACCAGGAGGACACUCACCAGGCAGCCAAGCCCCGGCUCUCUCCCGAGUCCUGUGCUCCCAUCCGAGAUGAGCUCUGCCUCCAGCGAGCCUGGCCACGGGGAUGCCACUGCAGAGCGGUCUCCGCUGGGGCUGGACACCGUGAUCCAGAGGCUGGAGGACACUGUCUUGAGUCCCAUGGCCACCAGAGAAGCCCGGACACUGACCGUUCGUGGGGCAGGCUGGAGGGCUUUGCCCACGCCUCUGCCCGCCCGAAUCCGUGAGAUCGUGGCUGGCAGCCUGGGGGACGAACCACAUCAAGGGACACAGGAGCCUCUGGCCAUCGCGGCCCGUGUGCAAGAGGAGAACGAGCUCCUGCAGGAGGAGCUGUCCAGGCUGGAGAACCUGCUGACCCAGGCAGGCUCUGAGCAGGACGAGCUGGCCGGCAGGUACCAUGCGCUCAGUGAGCGGCUACAGGCCCGCCUGGAGAGCAUGGAAGCUCGGCUGCGGAGGUCGGAGCUGGAGCACAGCGUGGACCUGGAGGAGGCCUUGGGCCGUCUGGAGGCUGCUGAGCAGAGGAGCACGGGGCUCUCCCAGGUGAACGCCCUUCUGCGGGAACAGCUGGAACAGGUGAAGAAGGCCAAUGACAGGCUGGCCGAGGAGCUGGCCAGGACGGCGGACGGCAUGCUCCAUCUUCGGGGCGAGCUGGAGCUGAGGGAGGCCCAGCGCUGGACUGGGAGACAGAGCACACGCACACGCUCAGGGGGGCCCCAGGAACUCCUCCCCCUGUGGAGACAGGUCACCACGCUCCGCAUACAGCUGGCUGACCUGCGUGCGACCACAGAGAGGGGUCUCACGGACAUGCGAGCAGAGGCAGCUAGGACGGCCUGGCGCCUGCAAACGGCCUGCCUGAACCUUGACUCCCACCUGCGGCUGUCUGCUGGCAGCGGGCCAGGCAGCCUGGAGCCAGGGGCCCAGCGGGCUGCACGGCUGGAGCGGCAGCUACGGGACAAGGUGCGGGAGAUGCUCCAGCUGCAGGGCCGCUGGGACGCAGAGAAGGUGGCGCUCCAGGCGAGACUCUCCGAGCAGACCCUGCUGGUGGAGAAGCUCACAGAGGAAAACUCAAAGAAGGAGACCACCAUCUCUUCCCUCAGGACACAGGUUCAGAAGCUGGCCCGGAGCCCUGGAGCCCAGCUGGAUGCCUUGGAGGAGGAAGUUCAGUCCCUGCAGCACGUUCUGAAGAGCAUCACAGAGGUGGCCCAGGCGGAUGCCGGGGGCCCAGAGCUGGCACGGAGCGGCGGGACGGGCACCGAGGAGGCACGGGGCCAGCAGGGGUGGCCCACACGCUCUGCGUCCCCCUACCGGGGCAUGUCCCCACUGCGGGCCCACCCCCUGGACACCCCGGAGCCAGCACUGCAGGCUGUGCAGAGAGCCAUUGAGAGGCGGCAGCGACUAGAACAGGAGCUGCGCCUGCAGCUGGAGUUGUCACAGGCGGUGGCCACCAGUCUCCGGGAGCAGCUGUCCGAGAGCCAGCAGGAGCUGCAGGCCUCCAGGAGGCUCCUCCAGGAGCGGGCGCAGGAGCAGGGGCGGGACCGCGAGGACCUCCUGCGCCAACUAGAGAUGCAGAGCCGGGAGGCACAGCACUGCCGGGCAACCAGCGAGCUCCUGCGAAGAGAGAAAAGGGCUCUGGAGACUGCGGUGGACGAGAUGAGGGGGAAGGCGGCCAUUUCAGACGCAGAGAAGCAGAGGCUGGAGGCCCAGACCAAGGAGCUGCAGAGGGGCCUCCUGCUGUGGGCAGAGCGGAAGGAAGAGCUGAUGCAACAGGCCGAGCGGGGCCGCAGGGAGCUAGAGACCAGUCAAGGGCGCCUGGAGCAGCUGGAGGAGAAGGUCUCGGGGCUCAGGAAGGAGCUGGUGUCAGCCCAGGAGGCACUGAACUCAGCCCGGCUACAGAGGGAUGUUCUGGAGAGCGAGAGGGAGGGCCUGCGCAAAGCCCUGGCACGGGCCGAGUCCAGCAGCACUGACCUGGAACUGCUUGUGACCCGGCUGAAGUCAGAGGGAGCAGAGCAAAGGGACUCCCUGGCCAGGAUGGCGGCCCUGACGGAGGCACUGGCUCACGACAAAGGCAACCUGAGCCACCUGGUCCUGCAGCUGGAGCAGGAACGGGACCAGCUGCGGGAGCAGCAGAAGGCACUGGAGCGGGAGCAGGCCGGAGCGCAGGAGCGGCUGGUACGGGUGGAGCAGCAGCUGGAGCUGAUGCAGACGGAGCGCGGGGGCCUGCAGCGGGCCUGCGGGCGCCUGGAGCAGCAGCUGGAGCAGCAGCUAGAGCAGCAGCUGGGGCAGGUUGCCCGCUUCCAGCAGCAGAAGGCUCAGCUGCAGGAGCAGGUGGACCAGGUCACAUGCAAGAAACAGGCCCUGGAAGAGCAGCUGGCCCAGAGCCUGCAGGACCAGGAGGCCCAGAUGGACUCUCUGCAGAGGGCCCUGCAAGAGAAGGAGGUUUUGUCUGAUGAGCGGACCCAGCUGCUGGCCAAACAGGAGGCCUUGGAGAGGCAGGUCCAGCUCACAGCUGAGGAGGCAGCUGACCUCAGGGCCGAGAGGGACUCUCUGGAGAACAGCCUCUUUGAGACCCAGCAGCUGUCCAGGCAGCUACAGGCACAGAGGGAACAGUUGGAGGGAGAGGCCCAGAGCAUGCGGCUCGCUCAGCAGGCCCUGCAAGUGGAAAUGCAGCAGCUGAAAAGUUCCUGGGAGGUCCAGGAGACAAAGCUACAGUGGGACAUGGAGAAGCUUCAGCGGCAAGUGGCGCAGCAAGAGCGGGAGGGGCAGCUGGCCCUGGAGAGUCAGGCACUGGCCCACCAUGAGGACCUGGCUCGGCUCCAGAGGGAGAAGGAGAACCUGAGUCUGUCUCUGACAGAGGAGAAGGAAUUGGCAGCUCGCCAGUUGGAACAGGAGAAGAAGCUGGUGGCAAAGAAUGCAGCCAAGAGGGAGGCUCUGAAGGAUGAGAUUCAGAGCCUGAAGCGUGAGAGGGAUGAGAGUCUCCUCCAGCUGGAACAUGAGAUGCAACAGGCCCUGUCCCUGAAAGAAGAAGAGGGGAGGCUACUGAGGGAAGAGCUCUUCAGGUCCAUGCAGGAGCUGGAGCAGGUGCGGCAGGAGGCCCAGAGCCGGCAUGAACAAGCCGAGGCCACCGUCAGUGCCACGACAGCGGAGCUGAAGGCCCUGCAAGCCCAGUUUGAGGAUGCCAUCUCUGCCCAUCAGAGAGAGGCCACGGCUUUGGGCGAGAGUCUUCGGGAGAUGGCAGCAGAGCGAAGCAACGCCAGAAGAGAAGCUGAGAGGCUGCAGGCCCAGCUGGAUGAAGCCAGGGACGGGCUGGCUGCGCUGCGCCAAGAGCUUCAGGACAGCGAGGAGAGCCGGGAGGGACUUCGCAGGGAGGUCCUGGAGGCCCAGCGGGCCCUGGGAGAUGAGGCCCGCGAGAAGGACGUGCUGCAGCGCUCCAAUGCUGAGCUGCGGGCCACCAUAUGCAGGGCUGAGAAGGAGAAGGCCAGUUUCCAGAGGUCCAAGGAGGAAGGGGAGCAGAAGGUGCUGGUCCUGGAGGAGGCCCGGGCCGUGGCCCAGAAGGAGGCCUGUGAGCUGCGGGCCAGUCUGAGGGAGGUGGAGCAGGCCCAGGCAGAUGCACACCGGGAACUCCAGGAGCUGGGCAGACAGGUGAGCAUGCUGGAGGCUGAGAACCGGAGAAAGAGCCAAGAGGUGAUCCAACUUCAGGUCCGGGGCGCACAGGGCGCUCAACAGCAGCAGCAGCAGCAGCAACAGAGUCAGCAGGAGGUGCUGCAGAUGCAGAGGCUGGCCACGGAGGCUGAGGCAGCCCACGAUGGUGCCCGGAGGGAGGUCCUGAGGCUGCAGCAGAGGCUGGCGGAGGUAGAAUCUGGAGCGGAGGCCCAGAAGCAGCGGCUGGAGGCACGUCUCUGCCAGAGCCAGGGUGCCGAGCACGCUCUCCGGGCCGAGCUUCGCACCACGACCAGGAGGCUGCAGCAGGCCCGCGGGGCGGUGGAGGGGCUGCGGGCUCGCCUGGAUGAGGCCUGCGGCCAGAUCCACAGGCUGGAGCAGGAGCUCGCUCAGGCUGAGGGUGCCAGGCGGGAUGCGGAGGGCCAGCUGAGCCGGCUGUGGUCGACGCUUUGCCGUGGCCUGGGGCUCCAGGGACAGAGGCCCUCGGGCUCCCCCAGUAAAGGUUCAGAUGGCAUCCAGGCUCGCUCCGCGCAGCAGAGGGCCAGCCUCCCUGGCCGGUCCCGCUCACCGCCGCGAUGGCCCUCCCCUGCACCCGGGGACCCCAGCCCAGAGGUGGACAUAGCCUCCGUGCGGGACGCCCUGUGGGACCUGGCGCAGCAGCUGCGGGACACCCAGAAGGAACGAGAUGACUGGCACUUCCAGGCAGUAAGCCUGAGCGGCCGGCUGAGCAAGGCAGAGAGCGAGAGCGCCCGAGCCCAGAGCCGUGUGGGGCAGCUGCAGACGGCGCUGGCAGAGGCUGAGGGAGCUCGGCGCCAGGCGGACCGUGAGAGGAGCAGUGCACAGGCGGCGCGGGCCCUGCGAGAGGAGGCGCUCGGAAGGCUGGAGCUGGAGCACCUGGCGAGCAUGCGGGCGGCCAGCUGGGAGAAGCGGAGGCUGCAGGAGCAACUGGACGUCCUGCACAGAGCCCUGGAUGAAAGCAAAAGUCACGGCCAGGGCCUGGCCCAGAGAGGGAAGCUGCUGGAAGAGCAGGUCACCUGCCUGGAGCACAGAUGCCCGGAGGCAGGGGGCACGAAGGAGCCCUUGCCACAGAGCCGCCCAGACAACCAUCAACCUCCAGAGCACACGGAAGCUGAGGCGGGAGGGGUCACAGGCCCGAGGCCUGCCCACAAUGGAGCAGGACACGCUGAGGAAGGAAGGGGACACAGCCCGGCCAGGAGCCAAGAAGGAACGACCGAGGCAGGACAGGGACAGGGCCCUGAGGCCGAACCAGCAGCUGCAGGUGGCCAGUCUGAAGAAGCAGCUGGACCAGGAGGUGCCUCGGCGUCAACAAGCCCGCCUCAGCCAGGCCGCCUGGGCCAGAAAGUGAGCCCGGCUGCAGAAUGGCCCCAGGCAGCCUGCCCACCACAGCCGUGAUGGGCAGUCAGGCCCCUCGAAGCUCCCUCCAGGAAAACCGGGGCCUUGUGCUAUUCACAGAGUGUGGUGCGGGCAGCCCCAGCCCUGAGCCCACCACUCCCGCCCCAGGGGGCCUGUGUCACCAACGCUCUGCCGCUCCCCCAGCAUAGCGCUCCUCCUGGCCCACAGGACACUGUGCUCCAGGACAGUCCUCCGCCGCAGGGAGCCACCCAUAGCCCGCACCUGUCUGGCCCUGCUUCUGCUCAGACACACUGGUCUGGGCCAACCCUGGGAGCCAGGCCCCGGCAGGCCGGCCUCCGUGGCCAUAGGCUGCAUUCCGUGCCCUUGGCUCUAUAAACACGGGGAAACACAUGGAAAGUAUUUCCACCAACUGGAGCCAAAAACAUAAUGUCCUGCGAGGCCCAGCCACCACUUCCCCACAUCCAGAGGCCACGGGACCUUCUAUAUCCAGGAACAGCAGGCCCGACCCAGCGGCAGGUGGCUGGAAAUGACUCAGAAGCCAGUCCCCGUGACUCACGGGCCACGAGAAGCCCCAGCCUGUGAGAGUUCAGGCUGUUACAGAGCCUCCCACUUUUCCAGCCUAUAAACUCUGGGAAAAUUCUUGUGGGAACCCAGCCCGACUUGCUGGGAGACCGAGGCAGCCAUCUUGAUCCUCUGUGGAGUGGCCUGUUGGCAUUUUCACUCAUUGCCCCAUUCACACUGGUCCCAGCGGCUUCUCUCAUAGAGGAUGUGGGGCCAUGGCUGGGCAGUGGGGUCUGCAGCCACAGGUGCUGGCUGCCCUCCGGGGCGUGGGCACAGCCAAGGGAGUUCGGGCUUUGUAGCCGUGGCCCAGAUGGGCCAUCACCAGCUGUGUGUUGCCGGGUUGACCUCAGGCUUAAAGCAGGCUGCUGGUCGGGCUUUGCUUUCUGCCCGGGGAUGGAGUUACCACGGGGCAUAAAGGGUACAAAAGCAGUGGCUGGAGGGAGACUGGCAACGGGCUUCGGUCUGCUCUCUGCUCUGCCUGAUUAUUGGGGAUUGGGUUGAAAAGGAUUCUGAAGUUCAGCUCAGGCUCAGAGGGGAGGAGCUGGGGGACAAUUAACAAUGGCCACUGUGGGCAAAGAAGGUUUUAGCACUGGUAUCUGCAUGUGAUACUCACCCAUCAGGGUGGAUCACAGGUGGGGGAGGGGAGCAGGCGGCCGCACACUGACUGCUGGAGAGUGUUCUGCAGAAUGGGCAAGAGUGGGGCCAUGAGAGGGAAGGGGCGGCCCUCAGGUAGCAGAUGGACCCCCAAGCCCCCACCCCCAGCAGAAGGACCCAAGGGAUGGGGGUGUGAGGAAGGGACAAGAGGCUGGAGAUGCGGGUGUGUGGGGGCACUUUCCUCUCUGCCUGCCUGUGGCACCCACAGCUGUCACAUGGGUCAUCUCUCUGGACCAUAGCUCCCAGCCCAGAAGAGCUACAAAGAUGCUCAUGGGUGAGAGGGAGGUGCAUUGCAGACACCAGAUGGGUCAGGGUGGCUCCCCGGUAUUAAAAGGGAGGCUUCCCUUGGGGCACCUGGGGGUUCAGUCGUUGGGCAUCCGCCUUCUGCUUAGGUUGUGAAUCCCGGGUCAUGGGAUGAGCCCCACAUCAGGCUCCCUGCUCUGCAUGGAGCCUGCUUCUCCCUCUCCCACUC